CUCAAUUAUGUUCCUUACCAAGUUAAACUUACAUCAAAUAAGUAAAUGACACAAAACAACACACUUAAUCACGGCCUCAUAGACUUUAUCUUUCAUACACCCGAGUACACCCAUCCUUGAAAAUAAUAAUCAUAACAAAAAAGCUCAGAGUAAUAAUUGCAAAAAUUUCCCACCCUCCUCUCACUAUCCCUUAACCCCACACAAGACACCCACCACACCAGUCAUUACCCACAAAUCAGAUAUUUCUAAUAAUAAAAUUUUCUCCCAAACCCAAAUCAUAUAAUCUAAUCUCUUCUCUUCUGUAUAAUAAAACCAAACGCAGCCUCAUCUCUCAAGUUGCAAAGAAAAUAGAUAAGUUGAGGUAACCUCCAAUAUAAACAAUUAAAGAGAGAGAAAAUGACUGAUGAAAAAGCUUUUAUAAAUCUAGCUGUUCCUCUUUGUGGACAUGCCGUCCAUUAAGCCCCCACAAAAUUAUAACUUAACCAACAUUUUUAUUUUUCCCUCUCUCCUACAUCCACCCAUGUCGGUGAUAUCUUAUUAUUCCUCCCACUUAUUAUCUUUUUCCCUUUUCUUUUUUCGUUUAUGAAUUCAUAAAAAAAUAAGAAAAAAAAAACUCAUUACUUUUUUUGAUAUAAAUUAUAAAUAUAUAACAACCCUAUUUUUAUUUCCCACACACAAUCCCCAAAACCCCAAAAUUCCUCUCUUUUUUUUCUUCUCUCUCCUCUUUUCUCUCUCUUCUUGAAGAAUAGUUCGUCGUAGUUGGAAGUAGUAGAAGUAGAAGAAGCAAGCAUGGAAGCGGGGUCAACGAAGAAGAGAGAGAGAGCAGAGAAGCCAUACAAAGGGAUAAGGAUGAGGAAGUGGGGGAAGUGGGUAGCCGAGAUUAGAGAGCCCAAUAAACGAUCAAGAAUAUGGUUAGGAUCGUAUUCAACCCCGGUUGCAGCGGCACGAGCUUACGACACGGCCGUGUAUUAUCUUCGCGGUCCAUCCGCACGGCUUAACUUUCCUGAGUUGUUGAUGGGGGAGUGUCGUCUUAGCGAUUUAUCGGCUGCUUCGAUCCGAAAAAAAGCUAUUGAGGUUGGUGCUAGGGUUGAUGCUCUCGAGACCGCUUUUCAACGGUCUAACUCCAAUAAUAGCAUCAGCCGUCAUAUUAACAACAUCGAGCACGAACACGAACACGACAAUCAUAGUAGUAGUAGUCCGGAGAGUAAGGUAACGGUUGAGGAGAGAGAAAAGAGGAGUGGGUUUGUUGGGUGUGGGUGGGUUGUUGAUGAGAAACCCGAUUUGAAUAAGGUACCCGAACCCGAGGAUUCGGAAGAGUGGGAUGAUUGAUUGAUUGGUUUGGUUGGUUGAAAGAGGAAGAAAGAAAAGAGAGAGAAAGAAAUGAAGAGUUUUCUUUUUCUUUUUUUUUUUUUGAAUUUUAAAAAAUUGUUUUUUAGAAGAAAUAGUUGUCGAUAGAAAGAGAGAGAAAAGCAACAACUGACGAAGGUUGCGGCUCAGGUUUGGAUGUCGGUGGCUGCGACGGGGGAGAGAGAAAGAAAAAGAAAAAAAAAAGAAAGAGAGAAGUAGUAAUUGCUACUCCAUAUAAUUGCAAUUUUUUAUGUGGGCCACUUAAAAAAAAUCCAUUAUUUCCUCUCACUAUCCAGUUUUUUUUUUUUUUUUUUUUAGAUUUAAGGUAGAUUUUAUUUUCUUGAUUUUGUUUUUUUUUUUCCUUGAAGAUAGGAAAAAGGAAAUUUUGGGGGAUGUAAGAGGAAAAUAUUGUAAAUACAUGUUGUUUUAAUUGUUAAUUUUAAUAUAGUUUAGUAGCUUCCUUUUUAUCCA